CCCAAACCUGGCUACAGCCACCUCCUUUGAGGUACAAAAGCAAAUGUCAAACAAUGUCAAGUAGAACAACUUUACUUUUUCUCAUUAUAUUAUUGUUAAUAUAAUAUGCUAAAAGGAGCAGCAGCAGCCCCUAACUUGUAAAUAUAUACUUUAAUCUCUUCUUACUCAACCUCUUCACCAGGAAUAAUUCUCUCUUCUUGUUUUCUUUGUCAAACAAUUUGAUUUUUCAUUUGACUGCUGUAUCGACCAACCCCAUCUGCCAACUAUCAUUUUUAUGUAUAGUUGAUAAGCUGUGAUCAAAUUGUUGAUAAUAUUUUUGUGGGUUUUGAGGUUUGUCAAUUUUUCGUGUUGUAAUUGGGAAAAAAAUGUUAGGGAGGGAGUGUUGGUGUUGGGAUAAUUUAUGUGAUUAUUACCCUGUUGUUGAAUCAAAGAAAUUUUCUUUGCCUUCACCCCUUCCUAAAUGGCCUCAAGGCAAUGGAUUUGGAACAGGAAGAAUAUGUUUAGGGGAAAUUGAAGUUGUUCAAAUCACCAAAUUUAAGAAAAUUUGGGGUUGCGGCUCAUCGUUUGGAAAAUCGGACUGUGUUUCGUUUUAUAUGCCGGAUGGAAUUCCAGAAGGAUAUUAUAUCCUUGGUCACUAUUGUCAGCCAGAUGGUGAGCAUAUAACCGGUUAUGUUCUUGUUGCCAAAGACUUAUCUAAUGUCCAAGAUUCAGCUUCAAAGCUCCCGGCUCUUCAAAAGCCUCUGAAUUACACUUUAAUUUGGAGGUCGGACUCGCAAUACAAUGGAGGUGGUUAUAUUUGGAUGCCAAAUGCACCAGUUGGUUAUAAAUCGAUAGGAUGUUUGGCUUCUGUUGAGCCUAAUGAACCUGAUCGUGAUGAAGUUAGAUGUGUCCGAGCUGACCUGACGGAAAAUUGUGAGGCCUCUGAAAUGAUAUUUAGUUCAGAUUCCUUUUUCCAAAGGAAACAAUUUCAAGUUUGGAAAACUAGACCGUGCAAGAGGGGCAUGCUUUGUGCAGGGGUUUCUGCUGGGACGUUCUUCGGUAGUACAAGCUUCAGUUCUGGAGAUGAGCUUGAUAUUGCAUGCUUGAAAAAUCUCGACUCCUCUCUACACGCAAUGCCCAAUCUCGAGCAGAUCCAUGCCCUCAUCAAGCACUAUGGACCAACAAUGUAUCUCCAUCCAGAUGAAAUUUAUUUGCCUUCCUCAGUUGCAUGGUUCUUCAUGAAUGGAGCUCUCCUUUACAAAGAUGGAAGGAAUAAUGGUACAGUCAUCAACUCAAAAGGCUCAAACUUGCCUGCAGGAGGAUUAAACGAUGGUCAAUAUUGGCUUGAUUUGCCAAAUAAAGAUGAUGCAAAUAGAACCAGUGUCAAAUGUGGGAAUAUCGAGAGUGCAGAGCUCUAUGUUCAUAUCAAACCAUCGAUAGGAGGAAUCUUCACAGAUAUUGCAAUGUGGAUAUUCUGUCCUUUCAAUGGACCGGCUACUGUCAAGAUUGGAUUAUUGAGUUUUACUUUGAAUAAAGUAGGAGAGCAUGUUGGUGAUUGGGAGCACUACACACUCCGUAUCAGCAACUUUUCUGGUGAGCUCUGGAGUGUGUAUUUCUCAGAACAUAGUGGUGGUGAAUGGGUAGAUGCCUGCAAACUGGAGUUCAUAGAGGGUAACAAGCCAAUUGUAUAUGCAUCGAAAUAUGGCCACGCGAGUUUCCCACAUCCUGGCUGCUAUCUUCAAGGCUCUUCUAAACUCGGUUUUGGACUGAGAAACGAUUGCGCCCGUAGCAAGUACUAUGUGGACUCUAGCAGCAAAUAUGAAAUUGUAGCUGCCGAGUACCUUGGAGAGGGAGUUGUUGCAGAACCACCAUGGUUGCAGUAUAUGAGAGAAUGGGGUCCAACCAUCAUAUACGACGGACGAUCAGAAGUGGAAAAAAUAAUCAAGCAUCUUCCUUUUUUCAUGAGAUUUUCAGUGGAAAGUUUCAUUGAGCUAUUUCCAACUGAACUUUAUGGUGAAGCAGGGCCAACAGGACCAAAGGAAAAGGACAAUUGGUUGGGGGAUGAAAGAUGGUAGGUGGUUUGACAUAGCUGCUCAUGUCCAAAAUGCACUUGGCAACCAUUUGAUGUACACUGCAGUAGGGGGGUUCAAAUGAAAACCUUUCUUCUGCAUCUGUAUCCAAUUCUACGUAAUAAAUUGUAUAAACAAUCAUAAAUUUUUCAUGAUAGACAGUAUAAACGAAUUAGGGCUUGUUUGGUAGAACGUAGAAGAAUAUGAUAAAUAGAGUUCUUAUGCAUUUUCUGGUUUGAUAUAUUAAAAAUAGUGUGCAGUAUUGUAU